AUUCCAUUGACUUGACACGCUAUAAAAUCCCAGCUCCAUGGCCGCAAACCAGCAGCUGCAGCAUCAGCAUCGUUCCAUCCAUCCAUCCUACUAUCCAGCUUCAGCCCGGGCCAGCCGCUCCACAGCAGCAAGCAAGCAAGGCUGAGAACGAACGAAGCAGCCCGCAUCCGCAUCCAUGGCCGCCGUGCUGGUGGCGAGGCAGGGGCGCGAGCUGCAGCGGUACAGCCAGAGCACGGGCGGGCGCAUCGUGGUGGGCUGCAUCCCGUACCGCGUGCGGCGCGACGGCGAGCUGGAGGUGCUGGUGAUCACGUCCCAGAAGGGGCACGGCAUGAUGUUCCCCAAGGGCGGGUGGGAGGUGGACGAGUCCAUGGACGAGGCCGCCCGGCGCGAGGCCCUCGAGGAGGCCGGCGUGCUCGGCGACACCGGACCGGUCCUCGGCCUCUGGCACUACAAGAGCCGCCGCUACGUGGACCAGACCUACGAGGGCUUCAUGUUCCCGCUCCGCGUCGCCGACGAGCUCCACCAGUGGCCCGAGAUGGCGUCCCGCAAGCGCACCUGGGCAACGGUGCAGCAGGCGAUGGACGGGUGCCCGCACUGGUGGAUGCGCGAGGCGCUGGAGCGGCUCGUCGCGCGGCAAGCCGUGCUGCAGUCUGCCCUCUGAUCGUCGUCAUCGACUGGGGUAACAAAAGAGGCGGGAGGCGCGAGCCACCAUGUGCGCACGCCGCCACGGCUCUCUCUCUCUCUCGGUGCAGCGGCAGGCCGGCCGGCCCGGCGUUCCGGGUCUGGAAUUUGGUCGCCCUCACCGGAGAGUCGAACGGCGCGCCGCGCGGCUCGUGUGCUCUGGCGAUGCUUUCUUGUGACCCCCCCUGACCCCGAGGCGCGGAGUCGUCGUUGGCAAAUAAAAUCAUCAGCUCGUUUUUAGAGGGCGGAUGGUUUAGACGAAAUGGAAAACAAAAUCUGAACUGGACGCCUAGUGGAAGGAAAAGUAAUAGAACAGCAGCGCGAAACAAUUCGGCGAUUCUUUCGAGUAACUGCACAGAUUGUAAAAUUUUAGUGGUGACUCGUUUCUUGCCCUUGGGUGGCACCGUGGCAGAAUUGUUACGAGCUGUUCAAUUCAAAAAAGAAGAAGAAGAAAAAGUUUCAG